AUGGCUUGGGAUAGGGGAUAUCGGGUUGUGGAGUGUCAAUCAGAUUCCAUGAACGCUGUGCGGUUGAUUGAGUCUACCCCGCCGUCGGGGCAUGUGUUUGCUUCGCUUGUUUGGGAUAUCAAGGAUCUUUUGAGUCGGCCGUGGGAGGUGUUGCUUAAGCACACCUUGCGGGAAGGGAAUGCUUGUGCGGACUUUCUGACUAAGCACGGAGCGGAUCAACAAGGAGACCUGGUGGUGGUUGAGGAGCCUCCUCAGGAUAUAGCUUUGCUUCUCUUAGCGGAUGCCUCGGGGGUCGCCUCUAUGAGGCCCUAG